ACAAACGGCCGCACUGCGACAUUUCACCGCUCUAUUUCGUGUAAAAAUGGAUGAAUCUCGUCAACUUUCAAUCCAAUCCAGUGGAAGUGAUGCUCAGGAGGAAGAGCUCAACCAGGAAUUGCUGAAGUACUACAAAACAUCGCUCAUAAUUGCCCUGCUUAAACAGACUGAUUCGCCCAUUUCCGUGGAGAAUCGUGCGCUGCUUUCGAUGUACAAGCACGAUGGUGACAUGCCUUUAGGCCUAGAUCACAUACGUAAUGUUGAAUUGAGCUAUCACGAACGGCUUGCGAUCAACAAGUAUGUCGAGGCUAAGAUAAUCGAACAGGCGCGACCAUUUGUCGAUAGAGCGAAGAAAUUCUCCGGUGGCAAUUUGAGUGAGCUGGCUGUGUCACCACACCAAGAGCAGAUCCGGAAUCUAGAGCUCGACGCAGAACGAGAGAAGCUGCAACAAACCCUGGCCCAGCUUAAAAUUCGCAAGCUUCAACUGAUGAAUGCAUGUGCGGAAGUUCGCACUGGUCCGUACCAGCGGAAUAACGUAGAAUUGAAGCACGCUGAGGCACGCUCAAUUCAAUCAAAAACAGAAUUAAUUCAAAAGCUUAUAGCAAGCGAAGUAUUCAACUGUACACCACAUGCCAUUAAAGCCAUCAGAGACGUAAGUGCCAACAUAGAUACGCUCCUAGGAAACGGUAAAUAAUCAUUCUCGGAAAUUUAAAAAAUCAGUCCUUUUAUUAUCCAUUUUUGUAAUUAAAUAAAAUUUGCAAAGCAUUCACUGAACUGAAA